AAGGCAGAGGAAAGUAGGGGCAAGCGGUGAGAUUCCACAGCCGAGCCACCACCUCCCGCUCAGGCCGAAUGAAGAUGCACAAUUUGGAUUGGAGGGGAAGGGUCAGGAGCUGCUGACCUUUGGGCUCAGGCCCAGGCCGCCGGCCACAGUAGCUCUUGGACCAGUCGGCGCCGGAGGUGUAUCAGCGCUCGUCCCGCCCGCUCCAGCCAUGGGUGCGGGGUCCUGGGCGCUGACCCUCUUUGGCUUCUCCGCGUUUCGGGUCCCGGGCCAGCCGCGGUCCACCUGGCUCAGCGUCGCCGCGCUGGGACUGGCCGCGGUGGCCCUGGGGACCGUGGUCUGGCGUCGUGCGCGUCCCCGGCGACGCCGGCGGCUACAGCAAGUGGGAACGGUGGCACAGCUCUGGAUCUACCCGAUCAAGUCCUGCAAGGGGGUGUCGGUGAGCGAGGCAGAGUGCACUGCCAUGGGGCUGCGCUACGGCCACCUGCGCGACAGGUUUUGGCUCGUGAUCAAUGAAGAGGGGAACAUGGUCACUGCCCGGCAGGAGCCUCGAUUGGUCCUGAUUUCUCUGACCUGUGAGGACGACACCUUGACUCUCAGUGCAGCUUACACAAAGGACCUGCUGCUGCCUAUCACCCCGCCCACCACAAACCCACUCCUCCAGUGCAGAGUGCAUGGCCUGGAGAUACAGGGCAGGGAUUGUGGAGAGGAUGCGGCUCAGUGGGUCAGCAGCUUCUUGAAGAUGCAGUCCUGUCGCCUGGUGCACUUCGAGCCACACAUGCGCCCCAGAAGUUCUCGGCAAAUGAGGGCUGUGUUCCGGACCAAGGACCAGGUGGCCUACUCAGAUGCAAGUCCAUUCUUGGUCCUCUCUGAGGCAUCCUUGGAAGAUCUCAACUCCAGGUUGGAGCGCAGAGUGAAAGUGACAAACUUCAGGCCUAACAUUGUCAUCUCGGGAUGUGGCGUUUAUGCUGAGGAUUCUUGGAACGAGGUUCUCAUUGGAGAUGUGGAACUGAAACGGGUGAUGCCUUGUACCCGGUGCCUUUUAACAACAGUGGAUCCAGACACUGGCAUCUCGGACAGGAAGGAGCCUCUGGAAACACUGAAGAGCUACCGCCUGUGUGACCCUUCGGAGCAAGCGCUGUAUGGAAAGUUACCCAUCUUUGGACAAUACUUUGCUCUGGAAAAUCCAGGGACAGUCAGAGUGGGAGACCCUGUGUACCUCCUGGGCCAGUGAUGGGAACUGUUCGUUCUGGAAGAACAGAUGUCUCUUAAAAGACCUUUACAAACAGACAUCGCUUGAAACAGUUCUUUAGCCUGUUCUUUGGAUCCGCCAGUUCCAAGUUUCUCUUCUUUCAGAUUUCCGUCUGUUUCAAUGUUUCCUGGGGCCAGCCCACAAAGCAGGAAAAUACUGCUUUGCGAACUUAGCAGGUCCCUGUUAAGUUUCUUGUAGCAUGAAGGGAUUAUCAUAUUGCCCUGUUUAUAAAUACGGAGUAAUCCUUCUACGUCGGAAUUCACUUGCCAAGACAUCAUCUCCCUAGCCUUCUUUUGGGAAAGAGAAGAAAAAAGGAGGAAGACUGUGUAAGCCAGAAGAAUGUUCCAGAAUGUUCUGCUGCCCUUGGACAUGGUGCAUACAAUGGGAAUUAAAUGCUCUCCCAAGUAAAGUUGGAA